GCCUCAAAGGACAGAAAAUAAGGCAAAAUACCCCUUAAGCCUUUUUUACUCAACGCUCACUGCUGCUGCAUCUUCAAUCUUUAUCCACUAAAACCCUGAAAAAGGGAAGAAAAAAGGAUAAUUUCAUUAUCAAAGUUAGAUCCAAUCCAUGGUUUUUCUUCUCCCCCUUGUCAAAACCCUCACUCUUUCAACUCCUAAAAAGCCUUAAAUCCCCUAAAAAACAAGCAAAAAAAGAGAAACCCAUUUCCCUAUUCAGAUCCAAAGCUGCCAUGUACUUAUCGGAGAAGCCUCGUCCAAUCGAUUUAUACAAGGAGGAAGGUCCUUCCAUGGCUCGUGACAUGAUCAUCGAGGUCCCCACCAAUGGGGAUUUACCACGUCACCUCCACCACCAACAGCAACAACAACCUCAGCCUCUCCAGCAACAGCAGCAGCAAAUGAUGUUGGGUGAAAGCAGCGGCGAUGACCCGGAAAUCAAAGCCCCCAAGAAACGAGCCGAGACCUGGGUCCAAGACGAAACCCGAAGCCUCAUCGGUUUACGAGGAGAAAUGGACGGCCGUUUCAAUACUUCCAAAUCGAACAAGCACCUCUGGGAGCAGAUAUCGGCUAAGAUGAGGGACAAAGGGUUCGAUCGAUCCCCGACUAUGUGCACGGACAAGUGGAGGAACUUGUUGAAGGAGUUCAAGAAAGCUAAGCAUCAAGAUAGGGGGAGUGGGUCAGCUAAGAUGUCUUAUUAUAAGGAAAUUGAAGAGAUUUUAAGGGAGAGGACGAAGAGUGCUUAUAAGACUCCAACUCCUCCUUCUCCUCCUAAGCUUGAUUCCUUCAUGCAUUUCUCUGAUAAGGGUUUUGAGGAUACCGGCAUAACAUUUGGUCCUCUUGAAGCUAGUGGUAGGCCGACUCUUAAUCUUGAAAGAGGUUUAGAUCAUGAAGGGCAUCCUCUAGCUAUCACCGCAGCUGAUGCAGUUGCAGCCAGUGGAGUUCCUCCUUGGAAUUGGAGAGAGACCCCUGGAAAUGUUGGGGAUUGUCAGCCAUAUGGAGGCAGAGUUAUAACUGUCAAAUAUGGCGACUACACCCGAAGGAUCGGUAUUGAUGGUACCACUGAAGCCAUCAGAGAUGCAAUUAAAUCUGCUUUUAGAUUGAGAACUAAACGUGCAUUUUGGUUGGAGGAUGAAGACCAUGUCGUUCGUAGUCUCGACAGGGAAAUGCCUCUACGAAAUUAUACACUCCAUCUUGAUGAAGGUUUGGCUGUAAAAGUGUGCCUCUACGAUGAGUCAGAUCAUAUACCAGUCCACACGGAGGAAAAGACGUUUUACACAGAAGAUGAUUACCGUGAAUAUCUGGUCCGUCGCAGCUUCACGAGUCUCAGGGAGAUUGACGGAUACAGAAACAUCGACAACAUGGAUGACCUUCAAACCAAUACUAUAUAUCGAGGCGUGAGCUGAAAGCUGGCGCAUCUUGCUUGCGCGAGUGCAGUGCUCUCGGAGGUCUAGAACGAAGUUGCCUUGGAUUAAGUUGUUUGGAUUAUCACCUACUAAACAUGAACCCUAUAGUUCUUGCUGUGAAUAUCAUGUUGUGUAGCGUUUUCUUAGGUUAUUCACUCCGGUACCAUAUGCAUCUUGAUUGUACAUAUGCUUUUGGGUUGAAAACAGUGUAUUUGUAGCAAGGUUUACAAAUGGUGGUCAAUUUUUGAGAA